AUGGCUUCAACGACAGGUGAUCGCACAAUUUCCAUUGAAAAUGGUGUAAGGAUUGCAGUGGAUCCUAAUGACAUGCCUGAUGAAGAAGAUAAAAACCAACCAAAAUUAACACUCAUGGAGGAGGUUCUACUGUUGGGUUUAAAAGACAAACAGGGAUACCUCUCGUUUUGGAACGACAACAUUUCUUACACUCUUAGGGGUUGUAUUCUUAUGGAGCUUGCUUUUCGUGGACGGAUAGCCAUGGUCAAGGAUUACAAUCGUCGUAAAGUUCCUCUUUCAGAAAGAUCUAUCGAAGUGAUUGACGAUAAGCAGACUAAUGAAGUUCUUCUAGAUGAGGCAUUAAAAAUGAUGAAGCAAAGUGAAACAAUGAGUGUAGGAAGUGAAACUUGGAAUGUAUUGAAAAUUGGAUACCAACUAAAACAAGUACGAGAACGUCUAGCGAAAGGUCUGGUAGACAAAGGCAUUCUAAGAACUGAAAAACGAAAUUUUUUGCUUUUCGAUAUGGCAACACAUCCCGUUAGUGACUCUUCUGCAAAAGAUGAAAUAGUGAAACGAGUCAUUAAAACUUUGACUCAUGUCAAUUCUUCCGCAACAUCAUUAGACCCAGAUAUACCUUUCGGUCAAUUACGCACUGUCGCAAUGGUAUGUGCUGCAUAUGCUGCAAACGUUUUGGAGAAUGCAUUGGUGCAAUUGUCUCAUGAGAUGAGAGAGAGAGCAUAUACAAAGGUUGAUGAAUUAUUAAGUGAAUAUUCAUCUUGGCCUUUUUCAAAAAAGGCAAAGGUAGACAUUCCAGAAGGAAAAGAUUUACAAAUAGAGGUGGUAGCAGCGGUCUUGAAUGUUUUCACAAAGAUGGAUAGUAUCUUGUAA